CAAUAGUUCGACCAUGAAGGUGCAAUGUUUAGUUGUUUUGCUCGAAGUCUGCAUGCACUAAGAAUGGCAGCUCCGAGGAAAGUCACCAUAAUUGGCUCUGGAAACUGGGGCUCUGUGAUAUCUCGCAUUGUGGGCGCCAAUGUGAAAGACCAUCCGGAUUUAUUCCAACAAACAGUGCAGAUGUACGUUUAUGAAGAGCUAAUUGAAGGAAGAAAACUCACAGAAAUUAUCAACACGGAACACGAGAAUGUGAAGUACCUCAAAGGUUUUAAAUUGCCGGAUAACGUUGUUGCAAACCCGGAUGUAGUGGAGGCUGCGAAGGAUGCAGAUAUUCUGGUGUUUGUUGUACCUCACCAGUUUGUGAAGGCAGUUUGCACCAAGAUGAAAGAAGUGGUGAAACCAGGGGUGAUUGCGAUUUCCCUCAUAAAGUUUGGCAUCCCAUGUAAGUUCAUGAGAAUUGAUGCAAUUGCUGACAAGACUCACAUAAUGACCUGGCAAGAAUGCCGAAAGGACAGCAUAAACAGAAAUGAGGCUCUUAAACGGCAGGCUAGCAUCAGGGGUCUUGAUCAUGCCAGUACAGGAAUCAAUCUUGUGUCUACAAUGAUCAAAGAAUCUCUGGAAAUUCCUCACGUGAGUGUCUUGAUGGGAGCAAACCUCGCAAAGGAAGUGGCGAGAGAGAUGUUUGGGGAGGCUACCAUAGGUUGUCGCAUGGAAGAACAUGGUCCCCUCCUUAAGGAUCUGUUUCACACAGAUUAUUUCAAAAUCAAUGUUGUGUCAGAUGCAGACACUGUUGAACUCUGUGGCUCACUUAAGAAUGCUGUAGCAGUUGGAGCAGGAGUUGUAGAUGCCUUGGGUUAUGGUGACAACUCCAAGGCAGCAGUCAUUCGCAUUGGACUCAAAGAAAUGAUUCAGUUUGCCCAGAGAUUCUAUGAUAAUGUUAAACUGGAGACUUUCUUUGAAUCGUGUGGAGUGGCUGAUUUGAUAACUACAUGUUAUGGAGGAAGAAACCGGAUAGCAGGAGAAGAGUUUGUCAAGGGAAAGACAUUUGAAGAAGUUGAGCAGUACAUACUUGGAGGGCAGAAACUACAGGGACCCCAUACAGUCUAUGAAGUGUAUCACCUGCUCAAAGAUAAUGAUUUGCUUUCUGAGUAUCCUCUUUUUACCGCAAUCUACAAUGUGUGUUUUGAGAAGCAUCCUCCCUCAGAGAUGAUUGAAGUCCUUAAAAGACAUUUGUAGAACUAAGUCCUGUAGUUGUAAUAGUGGUGUCAGUAUUGUUGUAUUUUAUUCUAAUUUACUAUGAUUAAUGAUAUUUUGAGUAGAAUAAGUCCACAUGGCAAGAAGCCUGACUGUGAUAUUACUUUUAACUGGAAUAUAAAGUAUGUUACUCUAGACUUUGAGCUGUCCUUCCUUUUCUGCAAAGUCUGUGGUGUAAUUUAAAAAAAGAAAGACAAAUGAGGGAAAAAAUUGAUGUAAGUGCCCUUUGCAGAACUCUUUGACCCACACUCCUAGUGCACACUAGUGCACACUCCACAGUGCACACUAACGUUACUCUUUUCCUCUGCCCAUUAUUUUGGACUUGCAUGACGGAUUUUGUCGAAAAGGAGGGGUUGCUAGUAGUCUAAUGUUACUCUGACUGAUAUUUACUGUUUUGAUGACAAUUUAUAGCCCAAUUCCAAGUUCCAAAAACCUUCCAUAUCAAAAUUAGGCCAGGUGCCUAUGAAAAUGUGUUUUAUUCAUAUGAGAAUGCAUGUACACUCAUCUUGAAACAGAGGCUUAAGACAUCUACAUAUAGGAAGUGGCCUCAUAUCUCUUUCAAAGGAACCUCUAGCAAGUGAAAUUAACACCCACUUUAUUUGAUCUUCUGCCCUAGUGGCAACUCAGUUAAAUGGUUGUGGUUUUUUUGUUUUUUGUUUUUUUGUUUUUUGCGUUUUUUGUUUUUUUGUAUAAUAAUAACAAAAUCUCAUCUGGGAAUUUUCUAGUAACAACAUCCAUUUCCUAGUUGAAGUUGCCCAGGAAGAAUUUGCCAAAAUACCCUUGAAGUCAUGAAAAUUGACAUCUGAAAACUUGUCAGGAAGAUUUGGUCAUGUGGAAUCAGCUAAAUGCUGUGGAAUCACUUGAUACAUGUAAUUAUUGUUGUAUUUUUUUGGUCAAUUUAUGGAAAAUAUAUUAUAUCUUUUUUUUCA